CGUCAACUCGUCAACGUGUAAUUCUUUUUGGAGUAAAAACCAAGUAAAAACUUAAAAAUAUUAUUUGAAUUCGGUGAAGAGAAAAUAUUAUAAUGUAUUAGACAUACAUUAAAUUUGGUGAAACAAUAUAAUUACAAAGUACGUGGACUCUAAACAAAAAUGGUGUUAUUAGAGAAUGAAGAGUUUCUCUCGGAGCUCAGCAAAUUGUUCCAAAAAGCACGGUCAUCAGGAUCAGUUACAAUGACUAUGAAAAGAUAUGAUGGCAGAACAAAACCAAUGCCCCGGGAUGGCGCCCCACUUAUCAAGAAUCCAGAGUACAAAUGUUUAUUGAGGGCUCAAUCUGGCAGCAAAAAGAUAUCUACUGUUGUUGAACAAAGAGAUGUAGAAAAGUUUACUACAGCAUACUCAAAUCUACUAAAAACUAGUGUGAACGGAUUAAAACGAUUAAAGAAACCUAAAAAGAAAACAAUGGCUACACAAUAGUACAGAAAGUGUCAUAAGAGACUGAAACCUAUUAUUUUAUAUGAUACAGUGCACAUACACAUGAAAUGGACUUUGCAUUAGACCACUGUGUGCAGCUUAGUGCCGGAUGUCCAUUGAAAGUGCUCUUCUCUUGUUUUAAAGAUUUGAAGAGUUGGAAUCUUGUCUUCCAAGCUGGUGACAGUUGAGCAUGUAAACUGUGAUUCUUUAUACAUGCCUAAAAUACAAAUUCAAGUCAUAAA